GACAGCGCAGCGCAGCUUCCGGCCACGCCACGACGCGCGGGCGUGGCGCCCUGCCGUCCACGGAUCCGCCGUCGAUCUGGAAGGCCGACAAACGCCGCCCCGCUUCCCUUUCCGCUGCUGCCCACUGGAAGAUUAAGUACCGCUCCCCGAGACAGUCAGCUCCACUCCCUCCCUCACUCACUUCCACUCGAGCUCCCACUCCCAUCCCCAUCACCAACCUCUCCCACUCCCACCCCCACCCCCACAUGGCCAUGGCUCCCCACCCACCGGUCCUCCUCCUGCUCCUGCUCCUCCUCUCCGCGCUGCUCCCCGAUGCGGCGCGGGUGGCCGGCGCCGAGGAGGACGCCGGCGUGACCAUCGUGCGCAAGGACGGCACGACCUGCACGCUCUGCGCCUCCUGCGGCAACCCCUGCAACCCCACCCCGGGGUACAGCUACCCCUCGCCACCUCCUCCGGCUCCGGUCACCCCCGCGGCGCCUGUAUUACCGCCUCCCACUUCCUACCCCGCUCCCUCCGGCGGCGGCGGUGGCUACUUCUACCCUCCGCCCACCGGCGGGUACGGAGGAGGCGGCGGCGGCGGCCAAGGAGGACAAGGUGGAGGCGGAGGCGGUGCGUACCCGACGCCGCCGCCGCCCAACCCGUUCCUGCCCUACUUCCCCUUCUACUACUAUAGCCCGCCGCCCCAGCACACGGCCAAGAGCUCGUCGCCGGCCGUCUCGUCGUCCUCCGCGGCGACUACACUGCUGCUGCUCGCGCUCUCUGGGCUCCUGCUGUGGUGAGGAGGACGACGGUGAGAAUGCGAGGUAGAUCUGCCGGUAAAUGCGCUGUCUUUCACACUCCGAAGGCAGUGACUACACUGGCUGGCUUCAUGUGCACUGCAGUAAUUUUCAAUUUUAUUUAUUUAUUCACCACUGUAAUUCCUCAUCUUCUUUUUUUUUGCUCCUCCCUACGCUCCGUUUCUGUGAUUCAUGUGCCGCUAUAUAGUAGAACUAUAUAUAGGAGACCGUACCAAGUGUAAAACAAGGGCGACUAAUAAUAAGCACCAGUGCUGGUUUAUAUAUAUA